GUCGUCUUUGAGUGCUGCUUCUCACCGUCUCUAUCUGAAGCUGGAAAUAACGCCGGAAAAUAAACGGAGCACAACAAUGCCAACUCUACAAGGUUCUUUGCCUCCUGAGCUCGCUAACAAUGUUGUCAGGUUGUACCGAGAGUGUCUUCGUAGAGCUACAUUCAUUGGUAAGCAGCAACACAACACUGAGCUGGUGGUUGGUAUGGUGAGGCAGCAAUUUAAGAAACACAUGAAUGAGACUGACCCUGAGAAGAUUCAGAAGUUAAAGGAUGAUGCUGCUCGGGGACUAAUCAACCACAUGUUGUUCGAGUCAGAGAAGCUAACAGGACGCAAGGUUAGCCAGAGAUCCUGAUGCAACCUCGUUGCAGAUUCUCAGCCUUGUGCUUUCUCUCUCUCUCUCUCUCUGAGGCUCCUUGUAGGCUAAUAAUGACAGCUAGUUUGUCUUUAAUAAAAGACUGUCAUCAGAGUGACUGGUAGCUUCAAUGUUUCAUAACAUUGAUGAUCAAGUGGUUUUAUACUUCAAGUCGAAUCAUACUGUUCUUCGACUUUGGUUUGUAUACUUUGAAAAUCAUUUCAAUUUGAUUUUGACAAAGUAUAUUAAACCUAUUCGAGUCCUUCG